AUGCCAGUGUCGUUUGCUCCAAGUUCUCAACCUGGUGUUCUUGAUAAAAUGACGAAGAGUGAAGAAAAACCAAAUAGUCAACAUGGAGAAGACGACGAUUCACGUCGGCAGUUCGUUGUGAAAGGCCAUUGGAAGCCAUCGGAGGACCGUAAAUUAAGAGAGCUUGUCGCUCUUCAUGGGCCGAAAAACUGGAAUAUGAUAUCGGAGCAACUUCCUGGAAGAAGCGGGAAGAGUUGCAGGCUCCGAUGGGUGAAUCAGUUAGAUCCACAAAUAAAGACGUCAAUGUUCACUAGAGAAGAAGAUGAGACGUUAAUGGCGGCUCACAUGGUGUUCGGCAACCAGUGGUCUCACAUCGCUAAGUUCUUUCCCGGAAGAACUGAUAACGGAAUCAAGAAUCACUGGCACGUUUUGACAUCCCGGCGACGGAAACACAUCGUCGGGGUUCCUUCUUCUUCUUCUUCUUCUUCUUCUUUUCGCUGUGUUUCAGGUGAUAGUACCAAUGGCAGUUCUAGUAGUACCAUCACUCUCAUGGGGAAAUCAACUGUGAUUAACGAGGAUACAAGUAUGUUAUGCAUGAAUACACCCGAUUCAGGUUAGACACAUUAUAAAUUAUGUUCAUUAUAACUAUUUAGAGAAAAAUGAUAGAUUUUUAGAAAUAUAUAUUGAUCAACAUACCAAAAUGAAAGGUAUUUAUAACAUUGAAUGAUCAUUAAUUGAUCAUCUGUGUAUAUUUAUGAUGA